CACAUCAUACCAAGUGAUGUGGGGCCAACGUACUGCAGCUAAUUAGGCAAGAGUAAUCGACCAAACAACAAGAGUUUCAAAAGAUCGAAAGAAGAAGAAAGGAUGCCUCUGAGUGCGACAAUGGUCGGAGCUCUGCUGGGACUCGGCACCCAGAUGUAUUCCAACGCUCUCCGCAAGCUCCCUUACAUGCGCCAUCCGUGGGAGCAUGUGGUGGGGAUGGGACUCGGUGCUGUGUUCGCGAACCAGCUCGUGAAAUGGGAUGCGAAGCUCAAGGAAGAUCUCGACGUGAUGCUCGAUAAGGCUAGAGCUGCCAACGAGCGCCGUUACUUUGAUGAAGAUCGGGAUUAAUUAAUUGAGUGAUCUUUGAAGUCUUCCUCUGAAGUCAUCUCAAGUGCUUGUUUGUUUUGUGAGAUCUUCCCUGUAAAAGCUUUUCUUAGAGCUGGUUAUCUUUUGCUUCAUGAACCUAAAGAUUUGUGUUCUACAAUCUGAAUCUGACUAAUAAUUUCGAAUGAGAAACCCUUUCAUUGAUUA